GCCUGGCAGGAUGCUGGACUUGCACUGUCCACCACCAGCAAUGAAGCCUGUAAACUCUUCGAUGCUGCACUGACACAGUAUGCAACCUGGGCCAGUGAUGAGAGCCUUGGAGGUAUUGAAGGGUGUCUCUCCAAGUUAAAAGCAGCAGAUCCAAAUUUUACAAUGGGACAUGUCAUUGCCAAUGGUUUGGAGUUGGUUGGCACUGGCAGUUCCGUGCGGCUGGACGAAGGGCUGGACCGCGCGGUGAAAGCAAUGGUGGCACUUUCUGAGGCACAGCCACUGACCGAGCGGGAGAAGCUGCACGUGUCAGCGUUGGACAUGUUUGCCAGGGGCCAGCUUCCCAAAGCUUGUGAUCUAUGGGAACAGAUCCUGCAGAGCCACCCAACUGAUCUGCUAGCCCUCAAGUUUUCCCAGGACACAUAUUUCUACCUGGGAUAUCAGACACAGAUGCGAGAUUCCGUUGCCCGGGUUUAUCCUUUCUGGACACCUGAUGUUCCACUAAGCAGCUACGUGAAGGGCUACUACUCCUUUGGACUCAUGGAGACAAACCUGUUUGACCGUGCUGAGGAGCUGGCCCGUGAGGCUUUGGCUAUAAACCAGACAGAUGCGUGGUCUGUCCAUACCAUAGCUCACAUAAAUGAAAUGAAAGCAGAGGUGACGAAAGGCUUAGAAUUUAUGAAGGAAACUGAAACCAACUGGAAGAACAGUGACAUGCUUGCUUGCCAUAAUUACUGGCAUUGGGCUUUAUACUUCAUUGAAAAGGGUGAAUAUGAGGCUGCUCUGACAAUUUAUGACAAUCAUAUUGCUCCCCGGUGCCUGGCGAGCGGCAGCAUGCUGGAUAUAGUUGAUAACUGUUCCAUGCUCUACAGGCUUCAUCUGGAAGGUGUGAAGCUUGGAGACAGGUGGAAGAAUGUUCUUGCACUUACAAAGAAACACACCAAUGAUCACAUUCUUCUGUUCAAUGAUGUGCACUUUUUGAUGUGUUCACUUGGAGCCAAGGACCACAAAACCACAGAGGAGCUUUUAACAUCUCUUCAGGAACUUGCCAAAGCACCUCGUGAAGAGCACCAGCUUUCCCUGGCUCCCAGUUUGGGGUUGCCACUGUGCCAGGCUUUUGUAGAGUUUGAGAAUGGAAAUUGUGACCGAGCUGUAGACCUGCUCUACCCAAUCCGUUAUCAGCUGGUCCAACUGGGAGGCAGCAAUGCUCAGAGAGAUGUUUUCAGCCAGUUACUGAUUCAUGCUGCUUUAAAUUCUAAAUCACAGGCCAAACGAAACCUUGCAAGGUGCCUCCUGAGAGAACGUGAUGUGAUGAGACCAAACUCACCAAUGACAGAGCGACUCAUCAGAAAGGCAGCAGCUGUCCAUUCCAUGGCAUGA